AUGGCGCCGUCAAAACAAUCCGUCAACGAGCGAUCGUCGCUGCUGUCCUCGCACGACCAAGGCACACAACCGACAGGUUACCGCGCUACCUCGAAUCAGCGUGAUGAAGACUUGCCAUCGCCCGCCGAGGCUGAGCAAGAGGAACACGUCAAGAUCAUGCCACCCAUGCGCAAACUCGCGCCGCUGCUCACCGCCGUAUGGGUGCCCGUGUUUGUUGCCAGCAUGGACGGCACCGUGACGGCCACGCUCAUCUCGAGCAUCAGCAGCUCCUUCAACGCUUCCGAACAGGCGCAAUGGCUGGGUUCUGCCUACCUCCUCUCGGUCGCCUGCUUCACUCCGCUCUACGGCCGUCUGGCCGACAUUGUAGGCCGACGCAACUGCAUGUUUAUCGCCCUCACCUUCUUCACCGUCGGCACACUGCUCUGCGGUCUGUCGACUUCGAUGAACAUGCUCAUCUUUGCGCGUGCACUGGCGGGUGUUGGCGGUGGCGGCCUUACUACGAAUACGAGCAUCAUCCUUUCGGACGUGGUGCCGCUUAAGAAUCGCGGUCUGCUUCAGGGGCUGACCAACAUCAUCUUCGGCUUGGGAUCGGGUCUCGGUGGCCCCCUCGGAGGGUGGAUGAACGACACCAUUGGUUGGCGUCGUGCCUUUCUGGUGCAGGUCCCGCUGCUUCUUGCGGACUAUGUGCUGGCUUUCACCUUUGUCAGAGUCAAGACGCCCAACAGGCUUGUCCAGCAGUCGACGUGGGACAAACUCAAGUCGAUCGACUUUGCCGGUGCCUUUUCGCUCGUCUUGGGUCUCUCGAGUACGCUGAUCGCGCUCAGUCUCAUGAGUGCCAACGACAUACCCUUUUCCAACCCGGUCGUAUGGGGUGGAUUCCUGUUUGGCUUUGUCAGCAUCAGCUUCUUCUUCUACGCCGAAGCCAAGAUCGCACGCACACCUAUCUUGCCGCUGCGUCUCAUCACGCAACGCUCGGGGGCUGCUGUCGCCUUUGCCAACUUCUGCCUCUCGAUCGUUUCGUUCGGGACGCUCUACCACUUCCCGCUCUUCUUCCAAGCGGUCAAGCUCGAGACACCUUCGCAGGCGGGUCUGCACAUGGUCCCCAUCAGUGUCGCGCUCAGCAUCGGUUCGGUGCUGGCUGGCAUGGUGAUGCGAAGCUCGGGCCGCUACUACAAGUUCAAUCUGGCCAACUCGAUCAUCAUCUCCGCCUCGAUUGGCUGCGUGACGUUGUUUACGCGAAACAGCUCGGAGGCCUUCACGUUUGCUGCGAUCGUGCCGUAUGGGUUCGGCACGGCAGGUGUGCUCACGUGUACGCUGAUUGCGCUCAUCAACUCGGUUCCGAGGUCGGAUGUCGCGGUGGCCACGAGCAUGUCGUACAUGGCGCGCAACACGGGUCAGAUCUUGGGUGUUUCUGUGGCAGGCACGCUGUUCCAGUCUCUGCUCAAGAGCCAGUUACGACUGAGGAUCACGGGCAAAGACGCGGACAAGAUCAUUUCAGAGAUUCGACACAAGAGCUCGAUCGUGCCCGAACUGCCACCGCUGCUGCGAGAGGCCGCCAUCGAGUCGUACGCCUAUGCCUUGCGAUGGGUGUUUAUCGGAAUUGCCCUGGUCAGCCUGGGAACGGUGCUUGGAUCUGCCUUCAUCGAGGACAAGGAGCUUCCGUCGUAUGAAAACGCGAAGCCGUCGUCAGAGGAGCAAGAGCAAGGCGCUGAUCGCGAAUAG